AAUUAAAUAAUAUUAUCGCCAACCGUUUUCCGUUGGGGGGAAAAAAAUAACUGCCUCGCUUCAAAACCCACAUCAUAUAUAUAACAGACUUCGCCAUUUUCUUCUUUCAUUUACUUCUGCUUGAGCAACCAAACCAUUUCUUUCAAGAAUCAAAGCAAUCUCUUCUUCAAGAAUCUCUGUUCUUCGGUGCAGACGAACGAAACCCGUUCGCCCCGGAAGAUUUCGCCGAUCAUCAUCUGCAUAAUUUCCGAAAAACGACACAGUUUCAAUGGGUAUUCAGCCUCGAGAAUCUCAGGUAAUCGCCGGUUCACAAACCCUAAUCAAGAAGGUCGAACUUGUUCGAUUUAUGAUCGAAGCCCUAAAUUCGCUCGACUAUAAAGAAACAGCGAUGUGUCUAGAGAGAGAAUCGGGCAUACAUUUGCACUCCCAACGAGUAAAAUUGUUCAUGGAACAAAUAAUCAAGGGCGAAUGGGACGAAAGCCUAUCAACACUGCCCAGUAUCGAAUCGAUCGACGAAAAGUCCGUCGAGUCGGCUUCCGCGGCAAUACUGCAGCACAAACUUUCCAAAGCUUGUAUCGAGAAAAAUUUCGCCGAAGUUUCGAAUACUCUGAAGAAUCAGAUUGCUCCACUUUGUAAGAACGAUAAACAUUUGAUGGCUCGUUACUUACUUAACAGGUCUCAUAGUAAAGAAUCUCUCGGGGAAAUAAUGCCGAAUCUUCGGAAUAUUCUCUCGAGGCAGAUGAUUCCCGAGCGGAGAUUGGCUAAUCUUGUCGAUCGGGCUCUUCUUGAUGAGAAGUAUACACAUAUUCCAUCGAAAACUUUACAGAUAUUAAAAGGACACUUCGAUGAAGUGUGGUUCGUGCAAUUUUCUCACAAUGGGAAAUACUUGGCUUCAUCGUCUAGAGACUAUCGUGUUGUUAUAUGGGAGGUAAACGAGGCAACGCACGAAGUCAGUUUGAUGCGCGUUCUACGCGGCCACUCAAAAGCCGUCUCGUACAUGUCAUGGAGCCCCGACGACACGCAGCUCCUCACCUGCGGCCAAAACGAAAGGGUCCGGCGGUGGAAUAUUCUCUCCGGCGAGCUUCUCCGGGAAUAUUUCAUCUGGGGCACCGGCACAUUCUCAUGCACGUGGACCCCGAAAGGCGACUGCGUAUUAGCCGGACUUGCCGACCACACCAUCAUCGUGUGGAGCCUCGAGGGCAAAGAGAUGCACCGCCUCGAGGAGCCGCACGUGUCCUCGUGGACAUCUGACCUGGCGAUCAAAUCCAAUGGAGUGAUCAUAACUGCUUUCGAUCUGGAUUCGAUACUUUUGUUCGGGCACGAAAAGAGGAAAUUGCUAGAGGUUGAGGAUGGAGAGGUGCUCACGUUUUGUUUAUCGGAAGACGGCGAUUUUCUGCUCGUCAGUUUGUUGAAUGAAGAGAUCCAGCUGUGGAACAUAGGGCUCGAACAACCCGUAAUUGUGAAGACGUUCGAGGGGCAUAAACGUCAAAAAUUUAUUGUGAGGACUUGUUUCGGUGGAAAGGGACAAGGGUUUGUAGCCAGUGGGAGUGAGGACACACAGGUAUACGUAUGGGAUAGGGCUUCGGGGGAGAUUAUACGUAAGUUGGAGGGCCAUUCUAGAACUGUCACCUGUGUGAGCUGGAAUCCGACUAAUCCUAGUAUGCUGGCUAGUGCAAGUGACGACGGUACUAUACGUAUAUGGGGUUAAAUACGUAUACGUAUAUGUUACCAGUGAAGAUAGUUACUCUAGCAUAUUUCAUUUUUUUGUUGAUUUUAAAGGUUUAGAUCUGCUGAUGAUUGAUGAUUGACGAUCAACGGUCCAUAUUAAACGAUGGGUCUGUUCAUAUUUUGCCAUUGAUUUUCUAUUAAUUGAAUUUUUUAGAGAAA